AUGGCAGAAGUUGCGUCUGUCGCACCUACCAAAGCAGCCCCUGCUCCGGUUAAGGCUGUUAAAGCUGGUAAGAAGACCGCUACCAAGCAUAAGAAAGCGGAGCCCAGCGUAUCAGAUUUCAUCGUCAAGGCAGUGUCUGCUUCCAAGGAGCGCAGCGGGGUGUCUCUGGCCACACUCAAGAAAGCUCUGGCGGCCGGCAGUUACGAUGUGGAAAAGAACAACUGCUGCAUCAACACGGCAGUCAAAAGUCUGGUGAGCAAAGAGACCCUGUUGCAGACCAAGGGUCUCGGAGCUUCUGGCUCCUUCAAACUCAACAAAAAGGUGGCUGAAGCCAAGGAUAAGGCAGCUAAAAAGACCGCGCCCAAACCUAAGAAGCCAGCAGUGAAGAAAGCUGCUCCUAAGAAAGCUCCAGCAAAGAAACCCACAACCAAGAAGGCAGCUACCAAGAGCCUGAAGAAAGCAAAGAAACCCGCGGCAAAGAAGGCAGCAACAAAGAGCCCCAGAAAGUAA